CGCCGUAGCAGAGCAGUACUCAAACUCAGCUAAAGUCGCGUGCAUUGCGAACGGAACGCAACCGAAACUGUGCGUGCCAAGGAACAAAUUGAGCUGUAGUGAAAAAAUUACCAGGCGGAAAAUUUUACUAAUUUUCGAGUGAUAAAUAAGAGGAUCUCGGUAACGAAGAUAUUCCCGAAAAUUGGCAAUUACGCUGUCUAAUUUGUCGAGGCAUUGAGAAUAUGUCCAGAAGCCCCUCUCCGUCUGUACCCCGGUUGAAGGCAAGUGCGGCGUAAGUGAAGCCGAAGGACACUGCAAAAGCCCCGCCAACGAGAUGCCACCGCUGUGCAUGCGACAUACCGUCAGAAGCAGCAGCAGCAUCAACAGCAGCAUCCUUGAAAGCUUUGCGUCCUCUGCCAGAAGGAAGACCACCACAACUGAGGGGCAGGAGGUAGUUGCACUUGCAGUCGCAGUCGCAGCAUGGAAUGCAUCAAAGGUGGCAGAAGUAUAAAUAACACAAGGACAUGGACGGCGCAACGAACGCGACGAGGACAAAGGCCCACGGCAACGGUGAAAGCACCACCAGCAUCCAUUGCGAGCUGUGACCGUGCAGCCACUAGGCCACUAGGUUCCCAUUGCGGCUAAAUGACUAGAUUCAGAUUCAUAGUCGAGAGACAUUAUUUGUAAUGCAAUCAGGACAAGGAGGAAAGUGCUAAGUGAAUUGUGCCGUGCCCAAAAACUUAAGUGCCAGUGCCGCAAAGGCGGCAGCGACUAACCGUUACGUGGCAGAGAGCGCGAGCGGCAGGAGAAGAGAGGAGAGAGCCAAGUGAGAGUGCAAGAGAGGUGUCAGUCGUGUUGUUGGCGCUUAACCCAAUUUAAAAAGUUUGUCCUUUGAACGAACAAGCGAGCCCCUGACAGUACCAGCGGACAGUGCGAGUGGCACAUAUGGAAGGCAGCGGCCGGACAAGUUGCAGGUGCAGCCAGAACUCCAGCAGCCGCAGCAGCAGCAGUAAGCAGCUAUACCGCAAGCGGAGGCGCCGCCAGUGAAUGCCACAUUGCCAAUACAAAUAACCCUCGCCUAAAUGAAGAAUGAAGAAACAAAAUGUGCGCACGAUAUCCUUGAUCGUGUGUACAUUUACGUAUCUGCUAGUCGGAGCCGCUGUCUUUGACGCACUUGAAUCGGAAACGGAGAAGCGUCGCUGGGAGGCGCUGCAAGAUGCCGAGGACAUGAUAAUACGCAAGUACAGCAUUUCGCCGGAAGACUUUAAAGUCAUGGAGACGGUGGUGCUCAAAUCGGAAUCGCACAAGGCCGGCCAGCAAUGGAAGUUCACCGGCGCCUUCUAUUAUGCAACCACAGUGCUAACUACCAUAGGCUAUGGACAUUCAACACCCAGCACUGUGGGCGGGAAGCUCUUCACCAUGUGCUAUGCCAUUGUGGGUAUUCCCCUGGGUCUCGUUAUGUUCCAGAGCAUCGGAGAAAGAGUGAAUAGACUGAGCAGCUAUGUUAUCCAAGCAGUUCGCACAUCGCUGCGUUGCAAACGAACUGUCGCCUCGGAGGUGGACCUCAUAUGCGUUGUGACGACGCUUAGUUCGCUGACGAUAGCGGGCGGUGCUGCAGCCUUUUCAAAAUUUGAAGGCUGGAGCUACUUUGAUUCAGUAUAUUACUGUUUUAUUACUUUAACUACAAUAGGCUUUGGCGAUAUGGUAGCCCUACAGAGGGACAACGCACUGAAUAGAAAGCCAGAGUACGUGAUGUUUGCAUUGAUAUUUAUACUAUUUGGGCUGGCAAUCGUGGCCGCAUCGCUGAACUUGUUAGUGCUUAGGUUUGUUACAAUGAACACCGAGGAUGAGCGACGUGACGAGGCGCAGGCCAUGCAGGCACUGCAAGUGGCUGUCAAGCUGGAGGGCGAUGUGAUAACAUCCAACGGGUCCAUACUGAGCGGCUACGAGGGACACGACGGCCAAUCGCUGAACGGAUCAAGUGCGUCAUCCAUGUGCUCGUGCCAUUGUGUGUGUCUUAAUAGAAACCGACAUAAAAAGAGUAACCACUUAGGCAGAAACAAUGAUACAGAAAAUCAGUACAGGCUACAGCGAUCGCCCACACACAUAAGGCAUCUUCUGCCCGAGGUUGUUCCCAUGCAGGAUUUAAACUACGACUACGAUACACAAAGUGUGCACUCAAUGCCGGAUCGCGGUGUCAUGGAUAGCAACUACAUGGGCGUCGACAUGGUGGACACUGCGAGCAGCGGUUCCCCCUUGCGGCCACAGCAAUUGCUCAAGCGCAAUGUCUCACUUCUAUCUUUUCGCAUCUAGGAGGAGUACGAGGUGAUCCAGUGGCAGCCA